AUGGAGACCGAGACCGUACAUCCGCCACUGACCCGCCGCCCGCCGCUGGCCUCUUCCUGGGAUGCCGCGUGUGGAGCCCUGGCCCAGAGUCUCCAUGUCACCCGAUCUGAUCUCGGCGCCCAGGACGCCGACUGGGAGGAGCUGCUGGCGCCGCCUGCCACCGGCCAGCAUCUGGUGAUUUUGAAAAGGAACGUGAACAGCCAAGAUGAAAACCCCUGCUUCCUUUACCUGAGAUGUGACCCUCCUGGAGGUGAAGAAAUCGUUUCUAUUGGCAUUUUAAGUUCAGCCAGAAAUAUGGAAGUAUACUCGGGAGAGGAGUACUGUGGAACCAGUAGGGGCAAGAAUGUUUGUAAUGUUCUGGAUAACAGUGAACAUGAAAAGAUUAUUUUGUACAAAAAAUAUCUAAAAUUGGAGUCUUCCACACAUGCUUGUAAAAUAAAGUUGCUCUCCUUUGGUGAAAAGCAGUGUGUGUUCAUCAGUAAAGUUGUGGUACACAUGAGGCCAGUUUCGGCAAAUUCUUCAGCAGGCUGUCCUGCUCUAGGAUCAAGGAUAGACCUGGAGAGGGUCCAAACCAUCAUGGAGUCCUUGGGGUCAAAGUUAUCACCUGGAGCUCAGCAACUGAUGAAUAUGGUUAGAUUCCAACAGCAGAAUUGUAUUCCCAUCAGAGAGCAGCUUCAGUCAGUUUUGGGAAGCACUGGAUUCAAGCACAUGAUCGGACUGCAAUCAUCAUCUGCUUCAGGGGCCUUCAACAAGUCAUCCCCCACGCCUUUCCCUUCCAGGACUGGAUUGACAUCUGGAAACGUGGCUGAAGACUUAAAAGCUUACAUUGAUAAAAGUACGCAGCCAGCUGGUGGAGGAAAUGUGACAAGCCUCCAAGAGUGUAAAAUUGUGCCACAAAACCAUUCUCUUCCUGAGAAUGAUCUUAAGAAUGCAGUAUCUUCUUUGUUACCAAAGAAAGCAAGUGACAACUCUCAUGUAUCCAACUCUGAGUUGCUGCCUGUUCUGCAGACUCUGUGUAGUCAAGUGAACCGUCUCCAUGUGGGACCCAACACCAAGUGGCAGGAAAGCAUCAGUAAGCCCGGCGAAGGCACUGUUGGUGUCACAAUGGAAGAGCAAUCCAUUUGUUCCUACUUGGAAAAGAUUCUUUCUAAAAAUAUGGAACUGAUGGAAAAGAAACUUACGGACUACAUUGAUCAGCGAAUAUAUAAACUCCAGGAGCACAUAGAUAAUAAGAUUGCUUUGUUAGUGGACUUGCUGCAAAGUCCCAACUCCCCACCCUCUGGCAUGCCUCUAAGACAUUAUGACUCUGGAGAAAGACUUUCAAAUGGAGAAAGAUAG